ACUUUGCUAUAAUACGUCCGAAUGACUGAAUUGACUUGUCAUUCCCGGCUAUAACUACAUUCUGUUUGGAAUUUUGUAGAUUAAUAUAAAUAAAAUAAGCACAACUAUAUACGAUGGAGACAAUUUUGGGAAUACGUGGAGAAGACUUUGCUAUUGUUGCAGCUGAAACAACUCAAGCUCGGUCCAUUGUUGUUAUGAAGGAAGAUGAAAAUAAAAUUCACAAGAUUAACAAUAGUCUUGUAUUUGCCACAAUGGGCGAAUCUGGCGAUACUGUUCAAUUCACGGAAUUUAUUUCCAAAAAUAUUGCUCUGUACAAAAUGCGAAACAACUACGAGCUUUCACCCAAGGAGGCAGCACACUUUACUCGAAAGAACCUUGCGGAUUACUUGCGUAGCAGAACACCAUACCAAGUUAAUAUGAUGAUAGCAGGCUAUGACGAACAAACACAAAAAUCAGCAUUAUACUUCAUCGACUAUUUAGCUAAUUCCGUUGAAGUAAAAUACAGUGGCCAAGGCUACGGAGCAAUGUUUUGUCAAAGUAUUUUUGACAGAGAAUAUAAAAAUGGCUUAAACCAAAAUGAGGCCUAUACGAUUCUUGAACACUGUGUUAAGGAAAUACAAAAGCGUCUUGUAAUAAAUCAGAAGAAUUUCAAAGUCGCUAUCGUAAAUAAAGAUGGUUUUAAAUGGAUGCCCGACAUUAACGCCAAAAAUAUCUGUAAUUAACUUAAAAACACUAAUUUGAAUAAAACAUAUAAGCAUUGUGGUUUUGAAAAAAAUA